AUGGCGGAUGAUUCGCACUUGGCCAAAAUGGUGGCAGUCAUGCAUUCUAUAUGGCUUCAGCGUAACAUAUAUGGCUUUGUGGGAGUCCAAGCUCAGCAUUAUAUUCCAAGCCGUGCCUGGAGCAACGCACGUACAACAUGGCUCUUUCUUGACUGCGUGAGCGAGAGGUUGUGCCAGAUGCUUUUUUCUUCAAUGACUGAGAUUUGUUCAUAUGAUGGUUUAGCUGUUUCAGCAUUUUCAUCAUUUGCUAAUGCCUAUGAUCCAAGCCCUCUUCAAGACUUCUGUGUUGCGGCAAAUGACCCCAAAACCACUGUUUUUGUUAAUGGAAGAGUUUGCAAAGACCCAAAACUUGUAACUCCAGAAGAUUUCUUCACAACAGGUCUUAAUGCUUCCACAUUACCGGCAGCAUUCCCCGGCUCAACAUUUAGUUCGGCUAGUAUUAACAAUUUACCUGCAUUAAACACACUUGGUCUCACUUUGGUUCGCAAUGACUAUGUGGUUGGUACUGUUGUUCCACCCCACAUUCACCCUCGAGCAACUGAGCUUGCCAUUGUCUUGGAAGGUACUUUCUACUUUGGAUUUGUAACGGCUGAUCCAAGCGAUCCGACAAAGAAUCGAGUCUAUGCAAAAACGUACAACGUUGGAGAUGUUUUUGUUACCCCUCAAGGUCUUAUUCACUUUGGGGCUAACAUUGGAGCUGGGAAUGGAAGUACUUAUGCAGUUUUCAAUAGCCAAAGUCCUGGGUUUAAUUUUGUAUCGGAUCAGCUUUUUAGAUCUGACCCGCCCAUCUUAGAUGAUGUAUUAGCCAAAUCUUUUCGUGUGGAUGAGAAAGUGAUAAAGCAAAUUAGAGCACAAUUCUCUUAG